UGGCCGGGCGGCGAACCAUCGUCCUCUCGAAUCCCAAAGGCUUUAGGUGCUAGCAGUUCCUCCCCUCACGCCCGCGCCGCCCCGAUCGGAGAGGAGGAAACAUGGACGCGACCAUCUCGAAUCCGUCGAUCAAGAGAAUCGCGCUGGUCACCGGGGGAAACAAGGGGGUCGGUCUCGAGACGUGCCGGCAGCUGGCGACCAAGGGGCUCAAGGUCGUCCUGACGGCGAGGAACGAGGCGAGGGGGUUGGAAGCGCUCGAGGCCAUCCGGCGCUCCGGCGGCGUCGCCGAGGUUUUCUUCCACCAGCUCGACGUCACCGACCCCUCCAGCGCCGCCCGGCUGGCGGAUUUCGUCAGGGGCCAGUUCGGGAGGCUUGACAUCCUGAUCAAUAAUGCUGGGAUUUCAGGUGUUGACAGAGAUCCAGUUUUGGUUGCCAAAGUCAAGGAUCAGGUUGAAAGCAUGGAUGUGAACCAGAGAGUUGAAUGGAUGAGAGAAAAUUCAAAAGAGACAUAUGAGGAAGCUAAACAGUGUAUGAGGACGAACUACUAUGGUGCCAAGAUUGUCACAGAGGCACUGCUUCCCCUUCUUCAGUUAUCCUCCUCUGGAAGAAUUGUCAAUGUUUCGUCAGGCUUUGGACUGCUGAGAAACUUCAACAGUGAAGAACUUAGGAAGGAGUUCGAUGACAUAGACAAUCUUACUGAAAAGAGACUGGAGGAACUGUUGGAUUUGUUCCUAGAAGAUUUCAAGGCCAACUUACUAGAGGCACAUGGGUGGCCAACAGGUGGAUCUUCAGCCUACAAAGUUGCCAAAGCGGCCCUUAAUGCAUACACAAGGAUUCUUGCUAAGUAUCCUACACUGCGUAUCAACUGUCUGACACCUGGUUAUGUCAAGACCGAUAUGUCUAUGCACAUGGGAGUAUUGACACUUGAAGAGGGUGCUCGCAACCCUGUGAAGGUUGCUCUCUUGCCUGACGAUGGGCCAACUGGUGCUUAUUUUGAUCUGAAUGGGGAGGCGUCCUUUGUGUGAUCAUAUUAUAUAUGAUCAUAUCUCUCUUAGUUUCAGAAUAAAAGAAAGGGUUAUAGAGUAGUUGGUGCCCAUAAGUAUUGUAGUUUGACUUGUGUACUCAAACUAGCACGCUGAGUACAUCGUAGAGCUCCACACCAUGAUUCCUCAUCUUCUGUAUGAUCUCUCUUUAGACGUUUCACAUUUGCAAUGGAUCACUGAUCUCUCUGGAGAACUUUGCAUAUUUUCAAUGGACCACGCUUUUCAA